UAACCCUUGGGCAAAACUGUUACUUAAUCUCUCUCUGAGCUGCCUCCAGUCUUCUUCACCCUUUACCUUUUUUUCUCCAGCAGACAUCCGCCUGUCUUGGCAGUCAUGAGGCCUUCCUGGUAUCCCCUGCACACACCCUCCCUGGCUUUUCCACUCCUCUUCCUCCUCCUCUCCCUCCUGGGAGGAGGGGCAGAGGCUGAGGGCCGGAAAGACCCACAGCUGCUGGUGAAGGUCCGAGGGGGCCAGCUGAGGGGCAUCCGCCUGAAGGCCCCUGGGGGCCCAGUCUCAGCUUUUCUGGGCAUCCCCUUUGCAGAGCCACCUGUGGGCUCACGUAGGUUUAUGCCACCAGAGCCCAAGCGGCCCUGGUCAGGAGUGUUGGAUGCUACCACCUUCCAAAAUGUCUGCUACCAAUACGUGGACACCCUGUACCCUGGGUUUGAGGGUACUGAGAUGUGGAACCCCAACCGAGAGCUGAGUGAAGACUGCCUGUAUCUUAAUGUGUGGACACCAUAUCCCAGGCCUACUUCUCCCGUGCCUGUCCUCAUCUGGAUCUAUGGGGGUGGCUUCUACAGUGGAGCAUCCUCCUUGGACGUAUAUGAUGGUCGUUUCUUGGCCCAGGUUGAGGAGACCGUAUUGGUAUCUAUGAACUACCGAGUAGGAACCUUUGGCUUCUUGGCCCUGCCAGGCAGCAGAGAGGCCCCUGGCAAUGUAGGCUUGCUGGAUCAACGGCUUGCCUUGCAAUGGGUGCAAGAAAAUAUUGCAGCCUUUGGGGGAAACCCGAUGUCAGUGACGCUGUUUGGGGAGAGUGCAGGUGCAGCCUCGGUGGGCAUGCAUAUUCUGUCCCUGCCCAGUCGGAGCCUCUUCCACAGGGCUGUCCUGCAGAGUGGUACACCCAAUGGGCCCUGGGCCACAGUGGGUGCAGGAGAGGCCAGGCGCAGGGCCACCUUGCUGGCCCGCCUAGUGGGCUGUCCCCCAGGUGGUGCUGGUAGCAAUGAUACAGAGCUGAUAGCCUGCCUGCGGACACGACCAGCUCAGGACCUGGUGGACCACGAGUGGCAUGUGCUCCCUCAGGAAAGUAUCUUCAGGUUUUCCUUCGUGCCUGUGGUGGACGGGGACUUCCUCAGUGACACGCCAGAGGCCCUCAUCAAUGCUGGAGAUUUUCAAGACCUGCAGGUGCUGGUGGGUGUGGUGAAGGACGAGGGCUCCUACUUUCUGGUUUACGGGGUCCCAGGCUUCAGCAAAGACAAUGAAUCUCUCAUCAGCCGGGCCCAGUUCCUGUCUGGGGUGCGGAUGGGUGUACCCCAAGCAAGUGACCUGGCGGCCGAGGCUGUGGUCCUACAUUAUACAGACUGGCUGCACCCUGAGGACCCUGCCCACCUGAGGGAUGCCAUGAGUGCAGUGGUAGGCGACCACAACGUUGUGUGUCCCGUGGCCCAGCUGGCUGGGCGACUGGCUGCCCAAGGGGCCCGGGUCUAUGCCUACGUCUUUGAACAUCGUGCCUCCACAUUGACUUGGCCCCUCUGGAUGGGGGUGCCCCAUGGCUAUGAAAUCGAAUUCAUCUUUGGGCUCCCCCUGGACCCCUCACUGAACUACACCACGGAGGAGAGAAUCUUUGCUCAGCGACUUAUGAAAUACUGGACCAAUUUUGCCCGCACAGGCAAGCAGGAGCGCUGCUCAGACCUGUGA